AUGAAUUUAUUUGAGGCCCAAAGAGCUCGAAUCAUGCAACUGAAUGCCUUGGAUGAGGUAAGGAAGAUGACCCUCCAGCACACAGAAGUUUUUCAAAAUCCACGUACUAAGUGGCAUGACAGGUACGUUAAAGAAAAAAAAUUCAAACUUGGGGAUUGGGCACUUCUAUAUGAUUCUAGGUAUAAGGAUUCAAUGGGGAAGCUACAGACUCGUUGGCUAGGUCCAUAUGAAAUUGUUGAAGUAUUUCAGAGUGGAGUAGUACAGUUAGCAACUAUAGAUCCUAUUCAAUUUAAGCUUUUGGUCAACGGUCACAGAUUAUGCCUAUAUCACAAACCUACCACAAGAGAGGAAUUUAUACAACAGUUUGACAUUCAGCCACAUGCCACAAUUCUUGCAGCUCAUGCAAGGGGACUUUCCAUCCCAAACAUUUGA